CUGGUAUCCAUGAGCCUGGAUUAGACGACGAGCAGCUUAAUAACUACGUUAUAUCGUCAUAUGCCCCUACGAUAUCCACGUUACUUGAACAAACCAAGCCUACCGUCAACUUACCCUUCAAACUACUGUCCGUGAUACAGUCAUCCGCUCCUGGGGCACCGGCCAUACUAAACACUGAUAAAGAGUUGGAAUAUAUCCGGCAAUGUCUUGCUGAUCGUGACCACGUCGUCCUGGAGGGCCCAAGAGGUACGAAGGAGCGAGUGAUGGAGGGUAUGAAAGACUGUAACUGGUUGCAUUUAGCAUGCCAUGGCAUACAAAAAGUAGAUGAACCCACAAAAAGCGCACUCCUGCUUCACGACGGUCGUCUCACACUCGAGGAGAUAAUUCAACUUGAUCUUCCCCAGGCUGAGUUUGCAUUCCUUUCGGCAUGUCAGACUACGACUGGAGAUCAAAGUCUGUCAGAAGAGGCGGUUCAUAUCGCUGGUGGAAUGCUGCUAGCCGGGUAUCGCGGAGUGAUAGCGACGAUGUGGUCUAUUCGAGACGAACUCGCACCUAUGGUGACGGACGAGUUUUAUCGACACAUUAUGGAGCAGGAGGGCCGACCAGACUGUAUGAAUGCAGCAGAGGCGUUGCACCUUUCGGUACAAAAGCUUCGCAAGCAACCAGGCAUUCAACUCACGGACUGGAUUCCAUUUGUUCAUCUAG